AUGUCUGCACAGCAGGGCGGCCAAGCCGGCGGCCAGCAGCAGCAGCAGCAGCAGCAGCAGACGGGCGGAGGAUGGACUAGGCUCCUGAUCGCCGGAGGUCUGUACCUCGGACUCAACGGCAUCAUGUCAUACGCGACGCAGAAGACGCAAAAGGGCAGCACGGUCACGGACCCCAACACGGGCGAGGUGGUCAAGGUCGCCCAGAACACAGGCCAGAUCCCUGCCUACCAACUUCGACCGGAUCACCUGGACGAGGGCGCGACGUACCGCGCCAUCCCCAAGAUUGUCGCGCCCAUCUGGCCGCAGGACUCGCACGUCGACAUCGUCAUCACCGUGUCACCUUCCUUCAGCCCCCUCCCGCUCUCCGACGUCCCCGACGAGUACGUCGUGAUGCGGGAGAAGGGCUUCCACAUGGACAACUCUUCCGACACGCGCUCAGCCGACGCCAAGAUCUCUGUGCCCAAGGCCGUACAGAACAAUGGCACCCUCUGGGGCCACUUCUACGUCGGCCUCCCUGGAAGCAACCUCGACCCUCGCGCCCCCGGUUUCGACCCCGGCAGGGCUUUCCAUUUCGCAUACCCGCUCACCCAGUACUUGCCCAAGAAGAAGGAGGCUAAGACGCGCAACCUGCUCGACGAUCUCCCUGCCCCCGUCGAGGACGAAAAGGAAGAUGAGCCCGCCGGCCCCAUCAUCGCCAACUACUACCACCCCAACGCUAGCUUCUCGUUCGUCCCCAACAUUGGCGUCAAGGAUCUCGCGCAACUGCCGCCCGCGGCUAAGCACUUUCUCCAUCUCGAGUCCACGGGCGCCCGUGAUGGGUCUGGCCAGAAUGGCUGGUACUACCCUCUGCUCUUCGUCAACACGUUCUGGCAGCUCAGGAGCCACAUGAUUCCACUCAACGAGACAGUUACCGAGCUUCCCCUGCACAUCGACCUCGGCAACAUGGCGGCCUGGAAGUUCCAGAUGCUGGCCAACAUGGAGUUCAACGCCAAGGAGUCGGCCCGGCAGGCGGCCUUUGGUAACGGACUCCCUACAGGCGGCGACGGCAGCGAGAUCGAAAUGGUCAAGGAAAUAUUCAUCGACACGAACCCCAUCCUUCUAGGCAUCACGGCCGUGGUCAGUGUCGCGCACAUGAUUCUGGAGACGCUGGCGUUCGGAUCCGACAUUGCGCACUACCGCAAGAAGAAGGACAAUGUGGGCAUCUCUGUGCGUUCGAUCCUGGCCAACGUCUUCAUGCAGACCAUCAUCUUCCUCUACCUGCUGGACAACUCGCAGAACACGAGCUGGAUGAUACUGGGCCAGCAGGUGAUUGGCAUCCUGAUCGAGUUCUGGAAGAUUACGACGGUGGUCAACGUGCGGGUCCGCCCUUCGGCCCCGGGCUCCUGGCUCCCCUACUCGGUCACGUUCGAGGACAAGCACAAGCUCACGGACACGGAGGAGAAGACCAAGGAGUACGACGAGAUUGCCUUCAAGUACAUGUACUGGGCGGCCAUCCCUCUGCUGAUCGCCUACGGCAUCUACUCGCUCUUCUACGACACGCACAAGUCGUGGUACUCGUACAUCAUCACGACGCUAGUCGGGUCCGUCUACGCUUACGGCUUCCUCAUGAUGGUGCCGUCGCUGUACAUCAACUAUCGCCUCAAGAGCGUGGCGCACAUGCCGUCCAAGGCCAUGGGGUACAAGUUCCUCAACACUUUCAUUGACGACCUCUUCGCCUUCACCAUCAAGAUGCCCUUCCUCCACCGCAUGGCCACAUUACGCGAUGAUGUCAUCUUCUUCAUCUACCUGUACCAGAGGUACAAGUACCGCGUGGACUACACGCGCGUCAACGAGUUUGGACAGGGCGGCGAUGACGACGAGCAUGAGGAUAACAAAGAAAAGGAAGAUGAGAAGAAGAAGACGGAGGAGGAGGAGGAGGAGAAAUCCAAGGCUAUCGAGGCGGAGGCAACCAAAGCUACGGGAUCUGCGGCUACUGGUAAGGCCAAGAAGAGGAAGUAA